AUGUGCAAGGUAUUUACGAUAACCUUGCGAGGAGCAGCCCAAGACUGGUUCCACACCCUACCAUCCAGAUCAAUCAGCAGCUUCAAGGAGCUAGCUUACGUCUUCACCAAAGAAUACACCUCUUACCGGACAAUCAAGAAGAAUCCUGACCACCUGUACAACCUGCGCAAGAAGUCUGAUGAAUCCCUUCGAGAUUACAUCAAGAGAUUCAAGGCAGAAAAGGCGAACAUUGUAGGAUGUGACGACCGAAUCGCGUCCUCCGCUUUCAAGAAAGGCCUUCCAGCUGAGCACAACUUGUACCCCGAGCUGACUAUCACUCCCAGCCAGACUCUGGCAGAGGUCUACGCGACUGCAGAACGCUACGCGCUCUGGGAUGACGAUCGAAUCGCCGCAAAGAAGUCUACAAAGCAGGAAGAUCAGCCAACUAAGCGGGCAGGCCAAAGAGGCGACGGAUUUAACAACCGAAACAAAGACAAGCGCAGGUCGCACCCACAAGGGGAGGCUAUGGCAGGAGAGAACUACACAAAGUUCACCAUCCCCAUACAUCAAAUCUUAGCCCAAGUGAAGAACAAACCUUGGGUAAGAAGACCACCACCCUUGAAGGGAGAUCCGGACAAGAGGGACACUAGUAAAUACUAUGCCUUUCAUGGGACGCACGGACACAUGACGAAUGACUGCUUCGCUUGGAAAGCGCAUCUUGAAGAACUCGUGAGAGAAGGCCACUGCACUGAAUUCGUUGCGAAGCAGGCCAUCCAACGGAUUGAAGAUCGAGACACCGCCAAGGAGCCGCCUUAG